AUGAAUUAUUCUCUUUGUCGAUUUUUUCCUCGGCUCUCUUUCCUUCUCUCUCUCUCUCUCUCUCUCUCUCUCUCUAUCUCUCUCUCUCUCUCUCUCUCACUCUUCUUUUCUCUUCUGUCUCUUACGCGUAACGUGUCUUUUUUCUCUCAUUCUCUUUCCUUGAACAUUAUAUCUUACUCCUGUACGAAGGUCCAUCUUUGCCAAAAUUUAUAUAUCAUAUUCUUUCCUCUCUCUCUCUCUCUCUCUCUCUCUCUCUCUCUUCUUCGUUCCACUUCCUCUUGUCGCGAGACUUACUUUUUUCUUUCUUUUUCUGUCUGCUGUUUCUUAGUCAACCUAUCCCACUCUCUCCUUCUCUUUCUCCUCUCUCUCUUAUACUUUCUUUCUCUCUCUCAUUCACUAACUCACUCUAGCUAUCUCUUUCAUUUUCCUUCGAUUUCUCCUUCGCACUCUUUAUCUUUCUCUCUCUCUCUCACUCUCUCUCUUUCAUUCACUUACUCUAUCUCUCUCACUUUUCUUCGAUUUCGCCCUCACUCUCUUUAUCUUUCUCUCUCUCUCUUUCUCUCUCUCUUUCUCUCUCUCUCUCUUUUUCUCUUUCCUUCACUACUUUUUGUGACGUUUGUCAUUCCAUACACCCCUCUCUCUAUGUCUCUGUUUUCCUUCGAUGCAUCAUCCUCUCUGUCUCUCUCUCUCUCUCUCUCUCUCUCUCUCUCUCUCUCUCUCUCUCUCAUUCACUCUCUGUGUUUUUUUUAUCUCUUCUCUUUCCUUCGAUUCGUCGUUCUUUUUCUGUUUCUGUCUUCUUUUUGCUUUACACUUUCUUUAUAUUCCUCUCUGACAAAGAAAGAAGGUGUGUGUAUGUUUGACGUUUGCUUUCUCCUCAUCCUUCUACCCCCUCUCUCUAUCACUAUCUAUCUAUCUAUCUAUCUAUAUAUAUAUAUAUAUAUAUAUAUAUAUAUAUCUAUGUGUGAUUUUGGGACCUUUUUCUUUCUAUUCAUAAUUCUAUCUCCCCUUUCUCUACAAUCUACUUCCCUUUCUCUUUUUCUCUUUGUGAUUCUGACACCUUCUUACGUCUAUUCAUACUUCUCUCUCUCCCUCCCUCUCUUUCUGUUUUCCACUUGUAUCCUUCUCUCGUUUUCACUCUCCGGUCUGUUUAUACUUUUUCUCUCCCACUCUCUCUCUCUCUCCCACUCUCUCUCUCUCUCUCUCUCUCUGUCUUUUUUUCUUUCUGCCCCACUCUUUCUCUCACACAUUUUUCUUGGUUUCUUUCUUUUUACUUCCUCUUGUCUUUUCUUCCGCCUUCCCUGCCCCCCCACUGGUUUCUUCCCCACCCCAUUGCCUCCGCUAUCCAAGCGAUUAUUCCCCUGUCAUGGUUGCAACAGAGACAGUCUCAUUUGCAGCUGUGACACUGCAGGUCGUCGAGAAGAUAUAGAGUUUCAUGUUUCCACAACAAGAGUGAACUUUCUCUCUCCAGACAUAUACAGCCAAAUUGGCGUUGGGAAAAGCCUUUACAACUGUUUAACGUAUUGA